GUUGUUGGGACCCCUCUGCUCUGGCGCCCCGUGACGCCUCCGCCAGGAAGACACGCCCCUCGGGCUCCGCGAAACUGAAUUUAUAGCCACUUUUAUUCUGACGAAUUCCUCUUCGAAACGCGCUCUUUUCGGUUCCGCCUUCUCGAAGCGCUCCGUUCUCUCUGCGGGAGAAGCACCGCUCCGCCGCCUGUGCGCGCGCGCGCGCCGCGCCGCCGGCCCUCCGCCUCGCGCGCCUCGCGCACCGCGGGCAGUUGCGCCGCGCGCCGAUCGCGAGACGGUUUACAAGCAACGUGCAUUAAUCCCGGCGAAGAUGGACACCUUCGGCGACUGGUACGGUGACAAUCAGUCGGUGUCGUUCACAACUCUGGCACCAGGCGAGGCCAACAAGAGCUGCCGCUUCAAUGAAGAGUUCAAGUACAUCCUGCUGCCAGUGUCAUACAGCCUGGUGUUUGUCCUGGGGCUGCUGCUCAACUCGGUGGCCCUGUGGCUGUUCGUCUUCAGGAUGCGACCGUGGAACACCAACACGGUUUACAUGUUCCACCUGGCGCUGUCCGACACGCUCUACGUGCUCUCGCUGCCCACGCUCAUCUACUACUACGGCAACCGCAGCCACUGGCCCUUCGGCACGGUCACCUGCAAGGUGGUGCGCUUCCUGUUCUACGCCAACCUCUACUGUAGCAUCCUGUUUCUCACCUGCAUCAGCGUGCACCGCUACCUGGGCAUCUGUCACCCGAUCCGCACGCUGGCCUCGGUGAAGCCGCGCCACGCCCACAUGGUGUGUGGUCUGGUGUGGGUGGCCGUCACCGCUUGCCUCAUCCCGAAUAUCAUGUUUGUCACCACCAGCCUCCGAGACAACGACACGCUGUGCCACGACACGACGCGGCCGGAGGACUUUGUGCAGUACGUGCACUACUGCUCAGCCGUCAUGGUCUUGCUCUUCGGCAUCCCCUUCCUGGUCAUCAUGCUCUGCUACUGCCUGAUGGCACGGAAGUUGUGCCGCCCUGGACGUGGCCUGUCCUCCUCCCAGAGGGCGGCGCCGUCCCGCGCAAAGUCCAUCAAGCUGAUCGUGGUGGUGCUCGUGGUGUUUGCUGUGUGCUUUGUCCCCUUCCACAUCACCCGCACCCUCUACUACACGUACCGCGUCCUGGACGCCCAGUGCGCCGUGCUCAACAUUGUCAACUUUACCUAUAAGAUCACCCGCCCGCUGGCUAGCGUCAACAGCUGCAUCGACCCCAUCCUCUACUUUCUCGCCGGGGACCACUACCGUUCCAAACUGGUAGCGGCUGUGAGCAGGAGGAGGCCGGCAGCCAACCGCUCCGGAGGCUACCACCCGCAGUGCCCAACCGCCAGUAAGGACAUCGCCCUCUGCCACACAAACCCGAACGCCAAAGGCAUCAUGGAAGCCGAGAGCUAGCGUCGGCGAGCAGCAGCUGCGCGCAUACAGAUGACUGUGGCGAGACCACAGGAAGUUAUGUGAUCUCAGGUCUCUUUAUUUGUGAAGCUGUAGCAUCUUGGUGUGCAUUCAGGGUCAUAGACUGGGCUGAGGGGUGUCAUUGAAAUCAGUGUGGAAACGCGAUUGUUCUAUAAAAGCCAAGGUGCUGGAAAGCAGCGCACAACAUGCAAAAUCAGCCUCAACUUUUGUUCCAAGGUGCAAAACAAUGAAACUGUGGGCUGGAGUGACUGCACCUCUGCAAGAUCUACAGGUACACCAGGAGGUUUCUCAUACAUCGGGAUAUAGGACAGUGGAAGGAAGUUAAACUGCGAUUCCUAUUAUUCUGCCUCUAGACUCGCUCGGGAACUCAAAAUAAUCCCAUCACUGGAGUUAAACGUACGCAUUUAGGUACUCGAUGCUGUCUGAGCAGCUCCGAAUUGUGACCUGAACGGAGAGGAAGUGUAUUUUCACUCUCACCCCCAGCCGGUGAGGCACCCAUCAAGGGAAGAUGUUUCUGGAGUCCGGAUGUGCGCUAAUCUGUUUUUCUGAUGCACCUUUGGCACCGGCACAUCAGCUGCAGUGGCUCUCUGGGAGUAAACGUGCAAAGUCAGAUCCAGGGAAAGGCAACAGCCCCUGUACCUUGUAGGCGUAUUCUGGCCCUGUGUUUCGCACAAAGGACUUUUUACACAGAGCCUGCGAUGCGCCGCUCCAAAAUACUACCGAGCAGCUGCUCACUGUGAUUGUGAUGUCGGGUUUAUCUUCCGAACGGCCGUGUUUAUGGAUGAGCGGCAGGCAGAGUCUGGUGAAGUACGGCCCCAGCAAACCAGAACUGCCUAGUAAAAGAGUGCACACGCGGUACAAGGGUCAUGAGAUUUGGGACACAAGUUUCAGGUGCAUCCAGUGAGGUUCUUCUGGGGUGUUUCAUCCUCAGGUUCUGGACUAAGGUCAUGCUGAGACUAGCCUGUUUUCUAAACACUGGUGUGAGGGUGCAGCAUACUGUGACUGAUGCCAACUGGGACGGUGGACAUUCGGGCACCGCUGUGAGACUCAGCCCCGCACUCCACACUCCCAGCCCACACCCAGCUGUUUCUAUCUGACAAGCUGCAUAGCUGUCUGCAACUGCAGAUGGGGGGGAACAGGGACCCCACAGCACGUCCCAUGCUUGGCAAGGCCUGGGUUGGGGAUUUCAAUGGUUCCAGUAUGUAUCUGGUCUCUGGAAGGAUUGGGUUUCAGAGACAGGAAACCUAGGGGAGAUAUUUUUUUACACUUUUGUUGUUGCAGCUGCCAUUAUUAAAGAGAGAGCGACUCCUCGCCUUUGUCCCUUCGACACUUUGCAGCAUUCAUUCGGAAAGCUGACGUAGGACUCCCAGAUGGCGCGUCCACUCUAUCGUGUGACAGAGCCUUCAUGGGUAAGGCACCAGGGAGCUCCAUGCCGGAGGAAACUGAGAAAAGCCAAACUGCCGAAGAACACACGUCAGGUCUCGUACUGUAUAAAAACAUGGUCACUUGCAUCUUCGUUUCAUUUCUGUUCGUUUCGGACACAGUAGUGCUGGCUAUCGCUCUGGUACCAGAGACUCUGCUUCAUUUUCUGUUUUCAGUUGUUUGUUCAUUGUCGCUGGCGUCCCGUCCUGGGUGUGUCCCC